GUGAAAUAUAGGAGUGUGAAAAGAAGCACUUCUCCUAUCUAUAUAUAUCUUUGUUCACUUAAUUCUAUUGUCUUUCCCUUAAAACACUUUAAGGGAGAUAACAAAAACAAUAAAAAUGACUUCUGAGAAAGUUGAAACUGUUGUUGCUGGAAAUUACUUAGAAAUGGAAAGGGAAGAGGAAGGUUCUAAGUCCACUACUGGCAAAUUAUCUAAGUUCUUCUGGCAUGGUGGUUCUGUCUAUGAUGCUUGGUUUAGUUGUGCUUCAAAUCAGGUUGCACAAGUGCUAUUGACAUUGCCAUAUUCCUUUUCACAAUUGGGAAUGUUAUCUGGAAUUCUAUUUCAGAUUUUUUAUGGAUUAAUGGGAAGUUGGACUGCUUACAUUAUCAGUGUUCUUUAUGUUGAAUACAGAACUAGAAAAGAAAGAGAGAAAGUUGAUUUCAGAAACCAUGUUAUUCAGUGGUUUGAAGUUCUUGAUGGACUUUUAGGAAAACACUGGAGGAACCUUGGUCUAUUUUUCAACUGCACUUUCCUUUUGUUUGGAUCAGUAAUUCAGCUAAUUGCUUGUGCAAGUAACAUAUACUACAUAAAUGACCAUUUGGACAAGAGAACUUGGACAUACAUCUUUGGAGCUUGUUGUGCCACAACAGUUUUCAUCCCUUCUUUCCACAAUUACAGAAUCUGGUCAUUUUUAGGCCUAGUGAUGACCACUUACACUGCAUGGUAUAUGACCAUAGCUUCCAUUCUUCAUGGACAGGCUGAGGAUGUGAAGCACUCUGGUCCAACCAAAUUGGUUCUUUACUUCACCGGAGCUACCAACAUUCUCUAUACCUUUGGUGGACAUGCUGUUACAGUGGAAAUUAUGCAUGCAAUGUGGAAACCACAGAAGUUUAAGAUGAUAUAUCUAAUUGCAACUUUGUACGUGAUGACCUUAACUUUACCAUCAGCAGCUGCAGUAUAUUGGGCAUUUGGGGACAAUCUUCUCACUCAUUCCAAUGCCCUCUCAUUGCUCCCUAGGACAGGGUUUAGAGAUACAGCUGUCAUUCUCAUGCUCAUUCAUCAGUUUAUAACAUUUGGAUUUGCUUGCACUCCUUUAUAUUUUGUGUGGGAGAAAUUUCUUGGAGUACAUGAAACCAAAAGUUUGCUCAAAAGGGCAUUGGUUAGACUUCCAGUUGUGAUUCCAAUAUGGUUUCUGGCAAUAAUAUUCCCAUUCUUUGGCCCUAUUAAUUCAACUGUUGGAUCACUCUUGGUUAGCUUCACUGUUUACAUAAUUCCUGCUUUGGCACACAUGGUCACAUUUGCUUCGGCACCAGCUAGAGAGAAUGCUGUGGAGAGACCACCAUCAUUCUUAGGAGGUUGGGUAGGAUUAUACUCAGUGAAUGUGUUUGUGGCAGUAUGGGUUUUGGUGGUAGGAUUUGGAUUAGGAGGAUGGGCAAGUAUGCUUAAUUUCGUACACCAAAUUAAAACAUUUGGGCUAUUUGCUAAGUGCUUUCAGUGUCCUCCUCAUAAGGCUUAAUUAGCUCUCUAAUUUUUUGUGACACUCUCAAUUUCAGAUCAUACAUGUGUGUAAAGAGAUUAUUGGCUUUUGUACUACUUUAUUUUUUCUUUCAUAUAUUCUCCCUUUAUUUUAUUUUUUCCUAUGUGAGAAGCCAGACAAUUAGUGAUGUUGAUUGUAUCAGCUAAUUAAAGGUGUGAUGGCAAUCAGGGCCACCCCUUAUACCAACUUAAUCACAAUUAGAGUUUCGUGUGCUGAUUAAUCAUGAUAUGCACUACCCCUUAAUGAUUA